GUUAUCGCCAAUUUGUGUGCCAUCAUCCGUCUUAUGAUCUAGACAAGCGCUGACAAUUUAAUUCAACAGUUCCUAAUUCAAAAUGACCAAGGGAACUUCCAGUUUCGGAAAGCGUCACAACAAGACGCACACUUUGUGCAGACGUUGCGGUCGCAGAUCUCUCCACAUCCAAAAGCACACCUGUUCAGGAUGCGGUUACCCAGCAGCCAAGACCCGUCAAUAUAACUGGGGUGAGAAGGCCAAGAGAAGAAAGACCACCGGUACCGGUCGCAUGCGUCACAUGAAGGAAGUUCCAAGAAGAUUCAAGAAUGGAUUCCAAACCGGUGUACCAAAGGGAGCUAGAGGACCAGCCACCAAAUCCGAGUAAAUGUUUACAACAAUUUGGUUUGCUUGCGUGGGAUGGAUUCAAUAGCGUCGAAAGGGUUGGCGAAUGAAUGGCUUUUUUGAUUUGCUAGAGAACUGGGAAUGAAAGCUACAUUUAUUGAGAAAUCUUUUUUAAUGAGUGUAUGCGAAGUUCAACAAAAAACUCGGGUCGCAUGAAUGUCUUCGUGGAUCGUAUGAGGGUAUGAAGUGGGUUGGGUGCAUGCCAAUUUUUUUUAAAGACAUGACAUUACAUGACAUGUUCUCUAGCAAAAAUUCCAUCGUUUGCAAUUCAAAGAAUUUUGUGAUGAUGAGAAUUGAUUCUUUGUGAUAUGUGAGGUUUGGAGAUUGUGAAGUGUAUAUGGAUUUUGGAUUCUGGAUUGAAAUAUGGAUAUGGAUGUGAAUGGGAAUGUGAAUGGAAUUUGAUAUUGAGAGGGUAGAUGAUGAGUGAUGAAUGACGAAUGACGA